AUGACCGAUCAAGAGCUACUGAUAUCCUCCUUCCGAGAUCUCUCACCCCGGUAUACUGCCUUUGCUGAGGAAGACGACGAGGAUGGCAACCCGAUAUAUUUGUUCUCGUCAUUCGGCUUCUUCACGCCCGAGUACGAUGUAUAUUUUGAGAAGUCGAAGUCGAAGGUAACUGCCUUGAGCGUAGAAGAGAUCAAAGAAUGCCUCCAGCGUCUGCCAGACGACGAUGUUUAUCCUGAGAUACCAACUUCCACUGUCACAACCUUCUGGGGACCCAUAGACGAGAGGCUCUUUCUGAAAAGACUGGAACUGAAUAUUGUUUUCAUUGGCACUGCUUUACUGCCUAAGCUUAUGCUGCAGGAAGUGGAGACUCUGGAGCUUCUACUGCGGAUGCCACAUCCAAACAUUAUACGGUAUCACGGUUGCCUUACCAAGCGUGGACGAAUUGUCGGACGCGUCUUCGAUCGUCACGAGAUGACACUUCACCAGCGACUUGACAGGAAAAUGAUUCGCCACAUCGACGUUAACAGGCUCAUGGUAGAAAUUGGAUCUGCGCUCGAGCAUCUCCAUAUGCUCGGCCUAGCGCACAAUGAUCUGAAUCCGAUGAACAUCAUGAUUGACGACAGGAAUGAGACGCCGUAUCUUAUUGAUUUUGGUUCUUGUCGUCCUUUUGGAUGCAAGCUUAUCACAGCAGGUACGCCAGGAUGGAUUGACGAGGACUACUCGACAUCAGCCAGGAUCAAUGAUGAGACCGCUUUGAAGAAGCUCAGGACCUGGCUGAUGAAGGCGCAGGAGGAUCUGAAUGUGGGAACAUCGGAUCGCAAGCAUAUUGAAUCUCAAGCAUCUUGGACUUUUGGUGGAGCCCAAGCAUAA